AUGUGUGACCCACCGACCGCGACUCCUUUGUGCUCGCCGCCCGUUUCGUUGGGUGAGGAGGAGACAUUGCGCUCCUUUGCCAGGCUGGCGGGGACGUGCCAGGAGGUCUUGGAUGCCUAUGGACGCCAGGCCCGUGAAUUUCGCGCCGCUAAGCAGGAUUUGCAGCGGGUCCAGGAUGAGUUGACGUCCGUAAAGGGCGUUUCUGACAUCCUUUUUACUCUGGUCGAAAACUUGUGGGCCCUGGUCUGCGCCUGUCGGGAUGGGAAUGACGAGCUGCUGUCGCAGACCACGCUUGAGGUAGUUUUAGAUGCGACAAUAGGGCGCUUAGACAGCCAGAGCCUGCGGGAAGCACAGGAGACGCUUCGUCGCGAAAACCAGCAGCUACGCGACCUUCUUCUGGCAGCUACGGGUUAA